CCUCCUUGAAAAACAAAACCCGGCCUCACAAAACCCUCUCCGGACCUGCGGCUGCGAGGCGCAAAGAGGUUGAUUUGUGGAGUGGGAGUCGCUAGCCCAUUGCGGUGCUCGGGACUCAUUAAACUGUCACUCGCCCCCCACCCCCCCCCCCCCACCCCACUGGGUAAAUGGGGUGAUUAAUGUCUGAUAUAUGGGAAUGAGGCGAGGGCAUUUGUGCAGAAUAGGUGGUGUGGCCGAGGAAUUUUAUCUCCAAGGAGUGCCUCCUGAAAUAAGCAUUCAUAAUUAUGUCAUUCAUCGCGAAGUUAGAGAAAGUUGGAUUUGUGACUUUGGGAAAGCAAGAAGCACGGGAGAGAGAACCUUGGCCUUUGUUACUCUUUCUUUAACUCUUGGCCAUGGUUUUUCUAAUGAGAACAUAGUGGUUAUCACCAGGACUGUGACACUUGGCGCCUCAGGCCCCAGAGCCUUUUCUGUUCCUCACCCCCACAGGAGCCUGUGCAGACGUAUUUGACAUUCACAGAUGUCGCAGCCCCUUUCAGGGCACCGGUCGGGCCAGCCCGGGUUGCUUUACAAUUUCAUCAGCCAUUCGAAAAGACCCGCACAUGUAGCUAAAAAAGUUCCCUAACUUGCUAGACCUAGGUUCCCCCACCCCUUCCCCCUUUCUCCCUGAAAGGUUUUCUUGUGAUCAUGAACAUUACAGAGUGACCCAAAAAAAGAUUGUUAUGGGACACAGAUCAAGGGGAAGACAAAGUUCUGCUCUUUCUGAGGGGAAAGUCGGAUCAGAUACCCAGAUGCAGCCUUCAUUUUAGGUGGCUGUAGCAGGUUGUCAAGUUUAUUAAUCUGUCUCAUUGAAGUACUUUCCAGGAUUUCAGAAAGUGCAGUUUCAGCUUGUUGAUACUGAGAGUUGAAAUUUGCAUUAACUGGCAGUGUGGGAAAUUUUACAGAGAAGGUAGUUUUAGAUAAGGAGUUAUGUAAGGGUGAAAUAAUGAGAACCAGGUUGAAGUCAUAGUUCUGAAUAGUCUUCCAACAUCCUGAGACAUGUAUACCAUUCUCUCCGCAGAGAGAAAGAAAUUAAAGUGCCGUAAUAAUGUUGAAAUGGGACUGGAGAUGUCAAAUGGGUUGGUUUAAAAAUAUCCCUGAGCUGCCUUUGAAACUAAACGUUGGAGUUGAAUAAAAGUGAAUCUGGAUUUCCUGAAUAGCACCGUGGCAAGUGUGCGCUGUCAGUAUGUAAGCCCGUCCACCAACUUAAGACAGAAGUGUUGCUAUUCCAUAAAUACAGUAGAACUCCAUAUGCUGAGUUUUUCCAUUUCUUCUGUUAGAAAGUUUGGUGGAAAAAAAGGGAGACUUUGAAGUAUUUUGUUUAUACUAACAGAAGAGAAAAGUUCUCCUAAGAAAAAGCUGGUGGCAGGAGUGUAGAGGAGUAGCAUAUGGCAUUAAAAGGAGCACAGCUGGAGGUAGCAUUUCCAUCUGAACAUGAUGUCAGAGCAGCUGACAGCCUGCCAUCCCUCAGCCUUUUAUUCUAACACACAGACAGGGAGUUAGUGUGUGCGGAUCUGUGGUGGAGAAGGUAUCUCAUUCCUCUCUAACAUCAUCUCCACUUUGCAUCUGUCUCUCUUAGUCUGCUUUUUUUCCACCGAUGUAACAGACCUGGAGCCAGCGAGACUCAGAGGAAAGGACUUAAUCAGGUUUAUGUGUCCUAAAGAAAAUAAGGGCAACAAUGCACAUUUGAAAGAAUAAAGACUAUUGGGAGAACAGAAUAUAUCAAGUUAUGUUGAAACAAAGUAUUUUCUGUUGACUGAGGUUAUGAAGACAGUAUGGAGUUUCCAGACCAUAGUAGACAUUUGCUGCAGUGUCUGAGCGAGCAGAGACAUCAGGGUUUUCUUUGUGACUGCACUGUUCUGGUGGGAGAUGCCCAGUUCCGAGCGCACCGCGCUGUACUGGCUUCAUGCAGCAUGUAUUUCCACCUCUUUUACAAGGACCAGCUGGACAAAAGAGACAUUGUUCAUCUGAACAGCGACAUUGUUACAGCCCCAGCCUUCGCUCUCCUGCUUGAAUUCAUGUAUGAAGGGAAACUCCAGUUCAAAGACUUGCCCAUUGAAGACGUGCUAGCAGCUGCCAGUUAUCUCCACAUGUAUGACAUUGUCAAAGUCUGCAAAAAGAAGCUGAAAGAGAAAGCCACCACGGAGGCAGACAGCACCAAAAAGGAAGAAGAUGCUUCAAGUUGUUCGGACAAAGUCGAGAGCCUCUCAGAUGGCAGCAGCCACAUGGCAGGCGAUUUGCCCAGUGAUGAAGAUGAAGGGGAAGAUGAAAAACUGAACAUCUUGCCCAGCAAAAGGGACUUGGCGGCCGAGCCUGGGAACAUGUGGAUGCGAUUGCCCUCGGACUCAGCAGGCAUCCCCCAGGCUGGCGGAGAGGCAGAGCCACACGCCACAGCAGCUGGAAAAACAGUAGCCAGCCCCUGCAGCUCAACAGAGUCUUUGUCCCAGAGGUCUGUCACCUCCGUGAGGGAUUCGGCAGAUGUUGACUGUGUGCUGGACCUGUCUGUCAAGUCCAGCCUUUCAGGAGUUGAAAAUCUGAACAGCUCUUAUUUCUCUUCACAGGACGUGCUGAGAAGCAACCUGGUGCAGGUGAAGGUGGAGAAAGAGGCUUCCUGUGAUGAGAGUGAUGUUGGCACUAAUGACUAUGACAUGGAACAUAGCACUGUGAAAGAGAGUGUGAGCACUAAUAACAGGGUACAGUAUGAGCCGGCCCAUCUGGCUCCUCUGAGGGAGGACUCGGUCCUGAGGGAGCUGGAGCGGGAGGACAAAGCCAGCGACGACGAGAUGAUGACCCCCGAGAGCGAGCGGGUCCAGGUGGAGGGCGGCAUGGAGAGCAGCCUGCUGCCCUACGUCUCCAACAUCCUGAGCCCGGCCGGCCAGAUCUUCAUGUGCCCCCUGUGCAACAAGGUCUUCCCCAGCCCGCACAUCCUGCAGAUCCACCUGAGCACGCACUUCCGCGAGCAGGACGGCCUGCGCAGCAAGCCGGCCGCCGACGUCAACGUGCCCACCUGCUCGCUGUGCGGCAAGACGUUCUCCUGCAUGUACACCCUGAAGCGCCACGAGAGGACUCACUCGGGCGAGAAGCCCUACACGUGCACGCAGUGCGGCAAGAGCUUCCAGUACUCGCACAACCUGAGCCGCCACGCCGUGGUGCACACGCGCGAGAAGCCGCACGCCUGCAAGUGGUGCGAGCGCAGGUUCACGCAGUCCGGGGACCUGUACCGGCACAUCCGCAAGUUCCACUGUGAGUUGGUGAACUCCUUGUCGGUCAAAAGCGAGGCGCUGAGCCUGCCCGCGGUCAGAGACUGGACCUUAGAAGAUAGCUCUCAAGAACUCUGGAAAUAAUUUUAUAUAUAUAUAUAUAAAUAAUAUAUAUAUACCUAUAUAUAAAUAGAUCUCUAUAUAGUUGUGGUACGGUCUAAAAGCAGUCUCGUUUCCUGGAACUGAAAGGUUGGGAUAUUAACUUGUUUUUGCACUUUAGAAUAGCAUGAGAAUCUCACUAAUUUAGCAUCCUGAUUAAAGAAACUUUAGAGCAAGUCGGAGAAUAGAGAGGUGUUUUUUUCUUCCUUUCUUUCGAGGGGGUAGGGGAAGUAAGCCAAUAAGAACCUUUGAAACAAAUCGUCCUAUCACAAAAUGCUUUCAUAGGGUCUGUUUUGUCAGCACUGCGGUGUCUUUUGAGCUCUCUCCUUUUUCCCACUUUUUCUUUUUUUUAAAGUAGAAAUUCCCUCCAGUUUUAUUAGCCUCUUUAUAUGUCUCAAAUUGCAUGAAUCUUUUCUGGCUGUUGGAAACCUGAAUGCUUUUAGACCCAAAUGGAAAAUUUCUGAAAUGCUGGAUUAUCUAUUUUUAAACAAGCAGUUGACUUAAAACUUUCUGUGGCAACUUCUGGUUUUCUGACGGUUCCCAAUGAGAGAAAUUCUGAAAGUACACUGGGAUCACUGGGACGCUGUCUUUGUGAAGGUUUGCUUGGGAUGAAAAAGGAUAUUGCAGCUUCAGCAGUGUUGAACUGUGUGUUGAAAAAUGUGAAUUACUGUUAUUGUAUACUGUAAUUGAUUACAUGGGCUGGGGGGGUGUCAAAGGACUUGACAGGUUGUGUUGAUGCUCUUAGUUGAGUCUUGAAAAGUAAAUAUUAACGCUACAGAAAUGCAUGAGUUUCGAUAUAUUUUUUGUCUUUGUUUGCAUUGUAUAACUUUAACGAGUGAGUUUAAAAUUAUUUAAUUUCCUUAGAGAAAUAGCACCAUUUGGAGAAAAAAAAACCUGGUGUUAUGAAGAACGUUAAUGCACUGUUUUUAUUUUUAUUUUAUAUAAUUUAAAUUGACUUUCCCACUGUCUUUAAGUUGAAACUGUUAAGCUGAAUAAAAACUUAAGCUGCAAAUUGAUAACUUCGCUACAUAACAAGGAAAAUAUAAAUGUUUACAAACGGCUUAAAGAUCUGCAUGUGCAGUGUGCAUUUAUAACAAAACUUCUAAUUGCACAAAACCCAGGCCAGCUCAAAGUUUAGAUGUACACAUUUACCCAGUUGAGCGUUUUUAGAGUUAACUACUGCACAAAUUGACAAUAGGUCAUUCUCUUUUUUUUUUCCUCCCCUUUUCUUUUUCUCCCCUUCUUCCUUUCCCUCCCUUCCUCCCUCCAUCCCUUACCCCUCCAUCCCCCCCACACCCCCAACUCAUGAAAAGAUUCUAUGGACUGAAAAAGCCCCAGGCUGAAUGGACUGGACUGCCUUGAUUGACAUGGGGAAGGGGGUUAGUAGACUAUGUGUAUCGCGGCAGCAGAGGCUGCAGCCCUACGUGUGGUUUUAAUGACCAGCACGCAGGGUAAAAGCAUUUUGCACAGUGUUUGUUUUCCUGUCUUGCACUUACAAAUAAGGUCUAUGGGAGUAGCAUGGAAAACGUUUGCUGUUUUUCCCUUUUUUUUUUUUUUAAAUUGCUUUUGUUUAAAAUUUGAUCGCCUUAACUACUGUAAACAUAGCCUAUUUUUGUGCUUAAGAUACUGAAUGGAAAACUCCAUUGUGUGUUGCUGGACUGUUUUGGAAAUAUUUGGUCAAAUGUGUGUUAAUUUGGCUGUAAUGGCAUUUAAAGCAAACAAACAAACAAAAAAAGCUGUGAAAAUGGCCUUGGAGCAUUAUCUUUAGUUACUUGAAGAGUUUCUAGUUUUUUUAAAGUACAGUUUAUGUUAAGAUAAUUUUUAUUAAUUUAGAGAAGACAAUCAAUGUCUGUGAGAAAACGGACUUUCUUUUGGAUUUUUUUUUUUGUGGUCAUUGUGAGUGAUUGCUUUUUCCUUUUAUUAGUUUCACAUUCUUCCUUUGUUCUAAAACUUAGACUGACAUCUAGCUUUGACAAUCAUAGUAUGUUUUAUUUUCCUGAGGGGGGAAUAACUUAUAAUGCUGUUUAGUUUUGUACUAUUGGUGUGUUGGUGAAUUUUUAAACUGUGUGCUAACUGCAAUAAAUUAUAUGAACUGAGAA